AUGGUUGCUUGCCCUCCACUCGGCGAUGGCCCCUAUGGCACACAGCGCAGAUCAUCAGCCCGCGCUAGCGCACCCGGCACGCCACAGCCCAAGAUGGAUGCAGCGGAAAUUGAAAACAUCUUCCAAGCAGUGGAAAACUCCCGACGCCGUACCGAGUCAGGAGGCUCUUCUCGUCGCUCCGGAUGGUUCUCAAGACAGUAA